UCCUCCUCCUCCUCCCCUUCUCCAUGCCCCGCUCCCCCUCCGUCUCUCCCCUCCCCAGCCCCGUCCUCCUCCUCCCCAGCCCCGUCCUCCUCCUCCCUCCCCGCCCCACCCUCGCUGCCCCCCACGGGGGAGGUGAUGGUGCUAGCUCUGGGUAGGAAGAAGCAGAGGGUGCUGAUCGCUCUCUCCAUCCUGCCCAACCUCUUCCUGGCCUUCCUGCUCUCUUCUGACCCCCUCAUCACCCUCUCCCCGCCCCACCACUGCCACCUGCCGGGGCCCCUGCUGUCACUGGAGGUGCUGAAUGCCUCCCUGCCCUGGGAGAAGGGGGAAAGGCCCGGGGACAGCGGGCGCCCAUCUCAGUGUAAGCAGUACGUCAACGGCAGCCAGUCAUCUGUGGUGGACUGCGAGGCUGGCUGGGACUACAACAUCACAGAGGGGCUGAGGAACAACAUUGUUACUGAGUGGGAUCUGGUGUGUGGUCAGUACUGGCUGGUCCCAGUGGAGGAGGUGUGUUUCAUCCUGGGCGUUCUGACCGGCUGUCUGGGCCUGGGCUAUGCUGCCGACAGGCUGGGCAGGUCCAAGACUUUGCUGACCUCCCUGACCCUGUCGGUGGUGUUUGGGGUGCUGGUGUGCGUCUCUCCGUACCCCUCCAUCUUCAUCGUCAUGCGUUUUUGUCUGGCAGCUGCUAGUGCGGGAGUCUACCUCACUCUGUACAUCACCCGUCUGGAGCUGUGUGAGCCCUCUCUCAGGCUGGUGGUGACCACGCUGUCCGGGCUGAUGACUGUAGCCGGAGAGCUGCUGCUGCUGGCUGUUGUCCUGGGCUGCCAGUCGUGGAGGGGCCUGCUGGGAGCUGGGGCCGCACCGCUAACACUGUUCCUCAGCUAUGGCAUUCCUGGAGUAUUUCCAGAGUCCCCUCGCUGGCUCCUUCUGUCAGAGCGAUCUGCAGACAUGAACUCGUUCAGCGAGAGAAGAAACUCCAACAGAGAUGUGAGGGACGACGAGAGCUUCACAGAGCUGGAUUCAGAGCCAGCCCCCUCCUCACGUCCCCACCUGUCCUUCCCUGAGCUCUUCCACAGCAGGAACAUCUGGAAGAAUAUGUGUGUGCUGGGCUUCACGUCGUUCAUCUCUCAUGGCAUUAGUCACUGCUACAGCUCGUUCCGAGGUGACGUCAGAGGCACCGCUCCCGGUUUCUACUGGAUGUACCUGCUGUCUGUGGGUGCAGGUGGCGGUGCCUGGCUGUUGCUGUGGGCGACAGUGGACAGGUGCGGUCGCCGUGGCAUCCUGCUCCUCUUCAUGACGAUGACUGGGCUGGCUUCUUUGAUCCUCCUCGGACUCAUGGAGUAUCUCAGUGAGACUGCCAUCACAGUUUUCUCAGUGCUGGGACUGUUCUCCUCUCAGGCCACUGCCUCCCUCUGCAUCCUCUUCACUGCAGAGGUCAUGCCCACCAUCAUCAGGGGCAGCGGUGUGGGCGCUGUACUCGCCCUGGGCUGCGUGGGCCGCCUCAGCUCCCCGCUCAUGGACCUAAGGAACCACUACGGCUACUUCCUGCACCAUGUGGUCUACUCGUCUCUGGCCCUGCUUGCCGUGCUGUCCAUCCUGCUGCUGCCCGAGAGCAAGCGGAAGCCACUGCCCCAGACGCUGGCCGACGGGGAGCAGUACAGACGCCCCCCACUGGGUAGGAGGAGGAGGGACAACGUGCCGCUGCUCGCAACACCCAACCCAGAGACCUAAAAGACCCGGAGACAGGGGGAUAGACUGUGCUGAAAUCAGUCAGCAUGCAGCCAGGACAUUUAAAUCUGUCAUGUUCCUGCAGAGGAGAAAAAGGACCGAGCAGUGCAGAGACUUAAAGAUAGAUGGAGAGUGAAGGGCUGCAGAGAUGAACGUGAUCGAAGCUUCCUGACGUAUCGUCCUCUAGUCAUUCCAAACACAGGCCGUUGGGUUGAGUGGCCAUUUUUCUUCAUCUUUCUGUUUCCUGCCAUUCAGGUGUGUCUGAAUGUGUCUGAACACAUACUUUGUUCAUACACAAACACACACACACACACACACACACACACCAUCUUUGGUACCAUCCCUUCAUGACAGACAGCGGGUGCUCCCCCACAUGUGACACACCAGCAUACAGUGCUGCACGCUGUCUUCCAGUGUGUCUGUCGUAGAGAUGUUAGCUGCUUACUACUGACAGUCCAGACUGUACCAGGCUCGGACAGUAGUCUCAAAUUAUUCUUAGCGUUUGUCUAAACCUGCAUAGAUCGUUUUUUGUCGUGUUUGCUGUGUACAACGACACAAAAAGUGCUCAGAAGUGUACGAAAAGUAGAUGAAAGUCGAUUUUAUAUACAUUUCUGUGAUGUAUAACUUAGCUGACACCCAAACAUUGAUGGACCGUAGUUCUCGGACAUAUGUUGUAACACUCGAGUGGGUUGUGAGAGUUAUAUGCCUUGUAAAUACUCUAGACUAAGUUUCUUUAACUUCUGGUGGCAUCUGGGUUUUGUUAAAGCAGACCCUGUGCCUGGAAACUGUACGCACAGUAUGCUAUGCAGUGGAGAAGUGGUGCGGAGCGUUUCGAAUCAUUAUUUUUUAAAAUGAUGGUGGUUAAUUUACAAAAGUCUUCAAAUUUAAGGUAAUUUAAUAUUUGCAUCAGAGGCGAAAAAAGGAACAAAAAGGCCUUUAAUCAGAAAGGUGUUGAUGUUCAAACUGUGUGAAUCUGGUUAAUGAAUUUGGCCUGGAGCCAGCUAUAUUUAUAUCUUAUUUAUGUUGUUAAUAAGCAAGGCCUGGCAUUUUGAAGUAUUAAGCUAAAUAUUGUUACAUUGGGUUGAGAUGAUGUGGCAUGGAGUAAACUUUCUAUUUUCUGAUGUCUCUGAUCCAGUAGCUAUCUCAACAUUCCUAUCUGCAUGUUAGAGGCACUUGAAGGGCUUGUUAUUUCCGUCUUUCCUCAGAAGCUUACAGUUCUCAAUACCUCUUUGGAUGACAAGUCUCGGCUGUAAGAGAAUAGACGGGUAUGAACAAAGUACAGUAUAAGUUAAAAAAAACAGUGCCUUGGUUAGCCAGGCACUUCUAUGUUUUUGUCAGGACUUGGUACCUGGAGGUCAUCUGUUAUUUUAGCUGAAUGUUAAUUGAUGCUAGAGAAAGGACCCAAUGACAAUACUCAAAUAAGUUUGAAUGGGAGCUGAAGAGGGACCCAGAGCUCCAAAUGAACCCCCAACUCCUCCACCUGCCAAAGUUGACUGUUUUCUUCUUUAUUUUGAGUGUGUUUGCUGAUGCCAUGUUGCACGUGGCACAAGUAAAAAUGAUCACAGAGAAUUACCAAAGCGAGUCAGUUUCAGAGCUUCAGAAAAUCUUUAUGUAUGACGGUGUGUUCAGGAAAUUCUUUUUCUCAAGUUUUUGUGGGUGUGUGACGGUAAGAGGCUGCGGGGGUUUCGAUUUCGACUCUGAUGUUCAGGCGUUAUUAAAAGAAUUAUGAAGGACACUGAGACUUAGCUAAGAACUUCCUCUGUCAGCUUUUGGCAGAUUUAUUUCCUCUGUAUGUUGCACUCAACAAGUUCUAACACUUAUCCACUGAUUAUUACUAUCACAAUGAUUAACUUGGCUCGAGUAAUAUUAUGUCUGACAACACCGAUGAUCUGUUCAAUGAUGAGUGUGAUGCUGUUAACUCUAUAGCCUGAUUUCAUGUAAAA